GUUCCCUGUAACAAUCCACAAUUCAGUGUAGCCCCAUCAGUGCCACCUGUCAGUGCCCAUCAAUUCUACAUAUCAGUGCCCAUCAAUGCCACAUAUCAGUGCCCAUCAGAGCUGCCUUUCAGUACCAACUAUCAGUGCCACCUAUCAGUGCUGCCUAACAGUUCCAAUCAGUGCCACCUAACAGUGCCAUGCCCAUCAGUGAUGCCUAUCAAUGCCCACCAGUGAUGACUGUCAAUGCCCAUCAGUGCCACCUACCAGUGCCUGCUCAUCAGUGUUGCUUAUCAGUGCUCAUCACUGCAGCCUAUCAAUGCCCAUCACUGCAGCUUCAUUAGCACACAUCAGUGAAGGAGAAAAAAUACUUAUUUACAAAAUUUUAUAA